UUGUGAAUCGGCAACGAAAAUUGUCAACGAAAACAGUAAAAAUAUAAUUAAUAGCACUUAAGCGUAAAAAAUAUACAAUGAGCGAGGCUGCAGUGGCCACGGAUCAGGAUGCCAUUGCUGGCCAAAUGAUAAGCAACAACAAAAUACACUUUUCAAAGGAGGUGAAGCAGGUCAUAGACAAGGUGCUCAAGACGGACGAACAGGAUCCCAUGGAUGCGCCAGACUUUAAUACAGUAGAGUACAUCAAUCAAUUGUUUCCAAAUGAGCAAUCGCUGGCUAAUAUCGAUGAGACAAUUGAACGUAUGCAGUGUGAUGUGUCGCUGAUUGAUGACAAUAUUCGUUCUGUGGUGCGGGGUCAAACAAAUACGGGUCAGGAUGGUCAGCUGGCGUUGUGCGAGGCGCAAAAGGUGAUCAGCUCGCUAUUUAGUCAUAUUAUUGAUGUAAAGACACGUGCCGAGAGAACUGAGGAAAUGGUCAAAGAGAUUACACGGGAUAUCAAGCAGCUAGACUGCGCCAAGCGGAAUCUUACUUCGGCCAUCACGACACUUAACCAUCUGCAUAUGCUUGUGGGUGGAAUAGAGAGUCUGAAUGAGCUGAUAGAGCGGCGUGCCUAUGGCGAAAUACUAAAUCCUUUGCAAGCCAUAACCGAAGUCAACCAGCAUUUUCAGCAAUACUCGGAUAUAGAAGAAAUUAAGAAUCUCUCGCAAAGCGUGGACAAAAUACAGGUAACACUGGCCCAGCAAAUUACAGAGGACUUCAAAGAAGCGUUUGCCAGCAAGCCUACAACCCAGCACAGAUUGGGUUUCAAUCAGCUAGCUGACGCGUGCAAAGUCAUGUCUGUGCUGGAUGCCAAGGUGAAGAAGGAACUGCUCAAGUGGUUCAUAGCGCAACAGCUGGAGGAGUAUAUGCAGCUAUUCCAUGAAAACCAAGACAUUGCCUGGCUGGAUAAGAUAGAUAAACGAUAUGCCUGGCUCAAGCGGCACUUGUUGGACUUUGAGGACAAAUAUGGCCCAGUGUUUCCACUCAAUUGGGAAGUUUCCGAGCGCAUAACAGUGGAGUUUUGUCGCCAGACGCGUCAGCAGCUAUCGCAAAUUAUGUCCAAGCGCGCAAAUGAAAUUGAUGUGCGUUUGCUGCUGUUUGCUAUCAACAAAACGCAAGCUUUUGAGCAGCUGCUGUCCAAGCGCUUCACUGGCGUCACUCUGGGCGCCAGCACGGCUGAGCAGACACGCGUUUUAACUGCCACGGAGCAGCCCUUAACACAAACUGUAUUCCAUGAUCAGAUUGGUCAGUGCUUCAAGCCUCAUUUGGACAUUUACAUACGCAGCAUUGAUCGCAAUCUGGCGGAAUUGCUGGAGAAGUUUAUCGAAAUGUCCAAAGAGCCAUACAAGUUUGCCGAGGCCAAGACUACAGUCUAUCCCAGCUCUGGUGACUUAUUUGUGUUCUAUAAGAAAUGCAUGGUGCAGUGCAAUCAGCUGAGCAAUGAGCAGCCCAUGUAUGAGCUCGCUUUGGUCUUUAAGAAAUAUUUACGUGAAUAUGCGGCCAAAGUGCUGGAGGGCAGCACACCCAAGCUGGUCACAAGCAGCACCGGCAGUUCCAUAGGCAAAAGCGUUUCACUGCUCACGCGUGAUAUGCAGAAUCUAUCCACAGCUGCGGGUCAAGUGUUCCACAACUUUUUAAAGGAAGGCGAUGUGCAGCGUUUUCAACGCGACGAUCUAGUGCGCAUUUGCUGUGUGCUAACCACAGGCGAGUACUGUCUGGAGACUGUGCAGCAGCUGGAGGAUAAGCUGAAGGAAAAGGUCACAGCGCCCUAUGCCAGCAAGAUAGAUAUGAGCGAGGAGAAGGAUGUGUUCCAUCGCAUUAUAUCCAACUGCAUACAGCUGCUAGUGCAGGAUCUGGAAACUGGCUGCGAUGCUUCACUACAAGCCAUGGCCAAGGUGCCGUGGCAACAAAUAAGCAAUGUGGGCGAUCAGAGCGCUUUCAUUAGCAGCAUUUACAGCAAUUUUAAGCAAACGGUGCCCACCAUACGAGACACUUUGGCCAGCUCACGCAAAUACUUUACACAGUUCUGUCACCGCUUUGUGGCUGCUUUUAUACCCAAGUUCAUCAACGUGCUUUAUCGCUGCAAGCUUACCCAAUCCGAUGGUUCCAAUAAUGUGCUGGGCUGCGAGCAGCUGCUGCUGGACACGCAUUCGCUUAAGACAGCGCUGCUGGAGCUGCCCUCCGUAGGCUCGAGUGUGAAUCGCAAGGCGCCCACCAGCUACACCAAGGUGGUGGUCAAGGAUAUGACGCGCGCUGAAAUGAUUAUCAAGGUGGUCAUGACGCCAGUGCAGCCGCCUGCACAUUUUACGCAACAAGUGCUCAAGCUGCUGCCGGACAUUACCAUAGCGGAGUAUCAAAAGAUUCUGGAUAUGAAGGCGGUCAAGCGUGUGGAUCAGCUGCAGCUUAUAGAUCUCUUCAAGCACACGGCUUCAGCGGCAGCAGUCAGCGGACUCAUCGAACAGCCAACUCAAAGCGAGGAGGAGCCAGUGCCCGCUGCUGAAACUACAGAUGAGACGGACACCACGGUUAGCGCCAGCGCUGAGAGCACAACUACCAACACUACUACGACGAGCAGCAGCACGCCCAAGCGCGCGUUUAUCUUCAGCGUGGGCAGCUUUACGGGCAACGCAGAUCGCAAUGCUGACGGCAGCUCACAGACCGGCAUACGCAAGCUGGAGAGUCUGCUCAAGAAACGGUUUCCCUAGCCAGAUCGAUUUUCUGCCUUUUAUCCAAACACAUUCCAAACACUUUAUGAUUUCCUUUAAACAGUCGCACGUCCGUUUAGUACAUUUUUAUUGAUUACUAACUUUUAGUUUAAGUGCAAACAAAUUUAAUUUAAAUUUAUUAUUUAUGAGCGAAUGCAAUAGCUUUAAGUUCAGCUGAAGUUACUUAACGUUAAUACGAUUGACAAAUAUUUAUUAUUGCAAUAAAAAAAUUUACUUCCAAGUUUAACUUGCAAU